CUGAUCAAGCAAAUAUUAAUGGGAGCCAAACUCACAGUUAUAGAAAAUAGGUGCAACGAUGAUAUUGAAAUUAGAAUUUGGGUUCCUCCGGCUCGACCGGACAAAUUUGAAAGAAUUAUCAGGAUUGAAGCUAAAGGUGGUUGGAAGGAAGUGAAUUCGAAAAAUUUCAUCGAUGGAGACACUAAUACUUUGUUAAUGAUUUAUGUUGAUGGUGUUUAUACAGGAAAUUACAUUCUUCCAAUGCAUAUGUUGAAAUAUGCGAAAGUCAUCUGCGACACUAAUGAAAAUGGAAAUUUUGUUGUUCAAGGAAUCAAACCAACAUUCAACUUCUGCAGAUUCAAGGGUUGCGCAUUUUUUCCCUAUCUCAGAGGAAACAAAAAGGAGACGUUAUGAACCUGCAGUACUAUUUAAGUUUGGUAUUUUGAAUUGAUGGAAUGUUCAAAUUCACAAGUAUGAAGUUUUGAUGAUAGACAAAGAUAAUGAAGAACCAAGAUCCUUUGACGAUUUUAAUUAUGAAAGCCUAAUUAACAAGGAAUCAAUUUCGUUGUGUGAAUCAAUUUUGGUUGCCGCACAUACAAGGAUUCCAACUCUAUUUUGCACAAUCUGAAGAAUGAAAUUUCAGCAGAGCAACGUAGAAGAAAGAAGAACUAGUGAGUAGUGUAUUCUUUCUGUCGUUGUUCAUAUUGUUCCAGAGUUAUUAUUGAAUUGUAAUAAAUCCUAGAUUGAAGUGAGUAAUUGAAGUUGUGAGGUUUGUAACAAGAGGAAAGUUGAUCUUCUUGGUGAUCAUUCCCAUUCCCUUAGAUUGUUCUUUCUAAUCUGAAGCCACUCUUGAAUUUAGUGAAAUUUGAUU